UUUAUUUUAUAGCUGUUGUUGAAAAACCAGAAGAGUCCUGAAAGCUCAGGAUCUGAACUGAUCACUGAUGUUCAUAAUUUAGUUCCUUGUGGUGAUGUGGUUGGCUUGCUGGCUGUUAGUGUGAAGCAGUUGAAAGAUUUCACCCCCAAAUUCAACGUUAAGCGAGACACCAACUUACUGAUUCGCAUUAGUAUCGACAAAAUAAUGAAAUGUACCAAUCCUCAGGUUUACAGAGCAAACCCAAAAUCCAACAAGAGGAUCAAUGCAGUUAGUUUCGGAGACGUGAGAUAUUUUUCCAUAAAGGUUCCAAACCAGAGAAGUGAUCCUAGGAACAGAAUUGUUCUAGAGUUGGUAGGCUUUGAGGGGCCAAAAGAUUUCCCAAGGCUGUUUGGGACUGUAACGAUGCACCUUUAUGAAGUCAUUCAGAGACAGUCUUUCACUGAAACAUGUGCCAUGAGAAUUCGAAAUAUGGUGUUCUGCGCAGCAGAUGUGGAGUUUAUGUUCUGCUAUGGAAGUCUUGGAUAUGGAUAUUCACAUCAGCUGAAAAUGAAAGGAGCAGAUCCUGCCAAGGCGGUGGCCUGUUCCAUGUUCAUGCGGGUUCCACCACCAAAAGACAGGAAAGAUAACACAAGCAAUGUCAUCAGACCCCAGCUCAUGGAUUACCCGGCAUUCUUGUCUCCAGACUUAAAUGUCACAGUGGGAAAUUUUGAUCUAGAGGCUCCUCUAGAGAAUUCAGAGGACUACAAAACACUUCAGAAGGCUUUGAAAGAACCACCUCGAGAAAGACUGGUGAAAAUGAAACAAGAAUAUCGGAAUCUGAAAACAUGGCGCGAAAAGGCUGAAUAUUUAGACCAGCUUAUCUUGAAAAGAGGACCAAAGACAAAGCCGGGUCUAAUAAAGUCAUCUCGAUUCAGGCAGAUCGUUGGGAAGAUGCAACAUCCUCUUAGUAAAGAAAGUAUUACAUCUAGUGGAGCAGAUAUACAGUAUGAAAACUUCUAG